AUGAGCACCAUGUCAGACUCUGGUGGACUGCCCGUGAUCCUUGAGGAUUCAACUUUGAGGGAAAAAAGAUCAACAACGAGUAUCUUUUCAGAAGCCUCUAGCACACCCACAGCUCCAACCACAUAUGGGGCUCAAAGUUCAGAGAAGCUGCUGCAGCCAAAGCCAGUCGAGCAAAUAGUCGAGCAACCGGUGGAGUACAGGACUUACAUCAAACUUCCCGAGAGACAGACUCUAAAGCACAAGCUCUCAAGAGAUGUGUUGAAAAGCUUUCUGACUGGGUCUACGGCAACCAGGGUUACCAAGCCCAAGCCCAAUACCAAGGAGUCCCGUGGCAUAAAAAAGGAUAAAAAAUUCAGUUUAUUCGGGAUUUUCAAGCGCAAAAAGAACAAUACCAUGAAAACGGCCAUCGAGACAGCAUUGGCGAAUAAAGAAACAGCCAGCAAAGUAAACAUCACCAACAUUCAUUUACCAUCCGCAUCGCCAAUGGCCAAAGAGACCCCUGCUGAAAUGGACAAUUCCAGCAAAAACAACACUUUCGACACUACUGAUUACGACACAUACGAUUCGUUUAUAAGUAGUGGAGAUGAAAUGCAGGUAAAAGACAGAAAGGAUGCUGAAAUUUGUAUCAGGAAGUCGCAAAUGUCACUGGGUCAUUUUAGAGAGAACGUACUGGAUUUGGGUAUAACAGACGACAGCGCUCCGACUUCAUAA